AUGUGUGUGUGUGCACGUGAUUUUAUAAUUAAAUUUAGAAAUGAUAAUCAAUAUAGAAACCAUAGAUGGCCAGAAUUAAUAAUCUCAAUAAUACAGAAUUUAAAUUUUAUCAAAAUUAGAGUAAGGCCUCAAUCGACCAAUGAGAAGCUAGAUUACUGUGACACGUGCACAAAGGUCAACCAAUCAGCCAAACAGAUAACGCUGGGGUCCGAACGUAGAUUCACUUUUGAUUACGUUUGUGACGUUGGUAGCGAUCAGGGAUUAGUGUAUGACGUCUGCUGCAAGAGUUUGAUUGACGGGUUAUUUGAGGGUUACAACGCUUCACUGAUAGCUUACGGACAGACUGGCUCUGGGAAAACGUACACAAUGGGAACGAGUUUUGAUCUAAAUAUAGAACCGGAAAAGGUUGGCAUAAUCCCGAGAGCCGUCGACCAAUUAUAUUCCAGUAUUCAAAAUCAAAUAAAAAUGGCGGACGGAAGUGUGUUUCCCGCGCCGGAGUUUGACAUUCAGGCUCAGUUUAUGGAGUUAUACAAUGAAGAAGUUUUCGAUCUAUUGAGCCCUUCAUCAAUGGAUAAGGUGACUAAAAAAUCUGGAAUUCGUAUUCACGAAGACGGUGAGGGCAACAUACAGGUCACGGGACUGACCAGCCAGCCAAUCAACUCCGUCGAAGACGCCAUCAGGUGCCUUAAAAUAGGCACCCUAUCCCGAAGUACAGCCAGUACGAACAUGAACUUGACCUCCUCAAGGUCACACGCUAUUUUUAGCAUCACCUUGACCCAGAAACAAACAUCUGACAACAACAAUAAUAACAAUAAUAAUAAUAAUGACGACAACAACAACAACGACAAUAAUGGCAACAACAAUAAAAACAACAACGGAAAUGACGUCAUCGUGAUCACGGAAUUCCUGAGGGCUAAAUUUAACUUUGUCGAUCUGGCUGGUUCGGAGCGACUGAAGAGAACAGGAGCCACUGGUGAAAGAGCAAAGGAGGGAAUAUCCAUCAACUGUGGACUAUUGUCACUUGGAAACGUCAUUUCCGCUUUGGGUGACGUCACAAAGUUUGGAUGUCACGUGCCCUACAGAGAUUCCAAGCUGACCAGAAUCUUGCAAGAUUCCCUCGGCGGAAAUAGCCGCACGGUAUUGAUUGCUUGCAUCUCGCCAUCUGAUCGCGACUUCGUCGAGACCCUCAACACCCUCAGCUACGCCAACAGGGCCCGAAACAUCCGCAACAAACUGUCGGCCAAUAAGGAUCUUCGCACUUCGUCACAAGAUGGCGACCGGAAGUUGAUCGAGGCUUUGAAAGCGGAAGUGGAAGAGCUGAAGAAGAAGUUAAGAGAGGUUACAGAGGGCGGGCAAUCAAAUGACGUCAUUUGUGAGAAUCAAAUGCUAUUAGCUGAGAACAGAAAUCUUAGAGACAAAAUCAAAGCCCUAUCAAGCACAAUGGAUGAAGUAACAAGCUCGAAUGUUCAACUGAAAACACUCGUAGACGUUAAUGCAAUUCAGCAGGGCGGUAACGUUGAAGAAUGCAUCAAGAAGUAUGUCGCGGAAAUCGAAAGGUUGAAAGUCAGGCUUUCGUUGGCUGAGAGGAAUUUUGAAAUUUCGACGGCUAGAUCAUCAUCAGCACGACCGCCAUCAUCGUCAUCAUCAUUAAGAAUAAUAAUAAAAAUAAUAUUAAUAAUAAUAAUAACAUGGCGAUUUGUAUGUCAAGGUCGCUGUUUUCAAGGCCGGGCGAUGUCGGUGACCUAUUUAACGAUGAAAAUCUAAUGAAAUUUUGGAGCAGGCCAAGUUAAAUAUAGCCAAUCUGUCCAA